AUGCAGACCACCAGGGCACUACUCAUUCCUCCUGGUCUGAUCCACUCUUGUACCAGGGGCCUGAUCAGGCCUGGGUCUGCCUCCUUCCUGAGGAGGCCAGAGAUCCCAUCUGAACAGCUUUCCUACAGCAGUGUCCCACUUCAGGUGGCCAGGCGGGAGUUCCAGACCAGUGUGGUCUCCCAGGACACUGACACAGCAGCCAAGUUUAUUGGUGCUGGGGCCACCACAGUUGGUGUGCUUGGUUCAGGGGCCGGUAUUGGAACAGUGUUUGGCAGCUUGAUAAUUGGCUAUGCCAAGAACCCCUCUCUGAAGCAGCAGCUCUUCUCCUAUGCCAUUCUGGGCUUUGCCCUAUCUGAGGCUACGUGGCUCUUCUAUCUGAUGGUCGCCUUCCUCAUCAAUUUUGCCAUGUGA